UAUAUUCAAUUGUUUUUACUGCACUAAGAUUAACACAAUUUUUGUUGCUUGAAAAAUCGAGGUUUUUGUGUAUAAAAUCUUAAGGGGUCAUGGUGAAAUUGGCCCUUAAUACUGCUUAUUGUUUGUCAAUUUUACGAUUAUGUAGAGCGACUACUAAUAAAAACAUCACAGUUCCACUUUGUUUAUUAGUGUUUACUAAAUAGUUUAUUCUAUGACUGUAUAUUUCGUGGUGUUUUGAAUUUUCUCAUGCUUCGACCGAGAUAACGUGAGUGAAGAGGUGCGAUGUCUCACACGGUGCUGUUGGUGCAGUGCUCGGCAGACGUCUUCUCAAGGACCUACUCAGAUUUCGAGUGUGUGAAGGAGUGCAUAGACUAUGUGGUCAGCAUGUUCGAGGAGUACCUCCGGCGAACCAACCCUCACCUGCAGCAAGUGUCUUACGCAGCGAAUGAACUGUUUGAGUUUGUAGACAGCCUCCACGACCUGUCCUGCAUGGUGCUGGACAAGCGCCAGUCCGUGUACGUGCCCUACAACAAGGACUGGCUCAAGGAGAAGCUGCUGCGCAAGCUGCAGCGCGAGGAGCUCGUGGUCUAGCCUCCGUGUCUUCUCUACCGGGGCCGGACGUGCGUGGAACGAUAUUUUGCGGUUCGUUAAAAUAAAACUGAAGUAAUAUCGAAAUGGAUGUCAAUUAUGUACAUUGUGUAACUUAAAAAAAAAAAAAAAUACAAGACAUGAAAUAAAACUGAAUUUUUUAAAAAAACUUA